UAAAACCCGGAAGUAGCUGGUUAACGAGUUUAUUGCUCGUCCAGCCCGCCGUAACGCCUCUGUGCGCUGUCCUGGGUGGAGAGCAGGCCGAGAGGAGCCGCAGUAAUGGGGGCCAUCAUUUCCAGGUGGAAGGCGAAACCUUCCACGGUGGAUCGUCUGGAGGAUUUAGACAAGGAAAUUAAGGACCUCGAGGAGUUCCGCACGAAGAACCAGCGCAUGCAGAAGCUAUGGGUCGGCAGACUGCUCUUCCACUCGGCCGCUCUGUACCUGUUCACCUGUUUCUGUGUUUAUUACCUUUACCUGCCUGACGAGUGGAUCAGCCGGCUCAUCACCGCUCUGCCCCUGAUCGCCUUCCCGGCAGUUGUGUGGUUCGCACGUAAGCUUCUCAUCGUCCUCUUCUCCAAACGCACAGAAAGGAACAAUGAAAAACUUGAGGACUUGAAGGCAGAGAAAAAGAAAAUACUUGAAGAGGUCAUGGAAACCGAGACCUACAAAAACGCCAAAUUAAUUCUGGAACGAUUCGACCCGGAGUCGAAGAGCAAAGUGGAAGCGGAAGCUACUCCAGUUCGACCUCAAAUGACUCCCAAACCAGGACAAGAGCUUCGCCAUCGUCACAUUGCCAUGGCCACACCCGGGCCCGUACUACGUCCACUGCAGCCUGGAGCCACUCCCCUACCGCCUGGAGCCACUCCCCUACCGCCUGGAGCCACUCCCCUUCGCACUGCCCCCGGUGGCCCUCCUGAGAAUGUACAUGGGACUCCAGUAUCGAGUCUGGUGCUGGGCAGCGGCAUGGAGACACCACCACAGAUGAGGAGGAGUAUGAGUCCUUACUCACCUGUGCUGGGGACAGGGAUGCACCCUCCAGGUCCGCCGAUGGCACGGCCCAUCCUCCCUCGAGAACGCAGUGCAGUGGACCGAGUCAUCGAAUACCUGGUGGGAGACGGACCUCAAAACAGGUACGCCCUGAUUUGCCAGCAGUGUUUCUCUCAUAACGGGAUGGCCUUAAAGGAGGAGUUUGAAUAUUUGGCCUUCCGCUGUGCCUACUGCUACGUCAUGAACCCGGCGAGGAAGACGCGCCCGCAAGCUCCCAGACUCCCGGAGUUCAACUUCGAACGCAGACUCCGCUCAGAGUCCCCCGACCCACAAUCCCCAGCGGCAUCGAACACUCCAGAGGACAGUGACGCCCACGAAGAAAAUGUAAUGUCACGGCGUCGUCCACGUUCCUCACUAGGUGUUACAUCCUGGAGCAAAGUUCACAGUUUCAGCCAAGACCACACAGGUGAUGAUGUGGAGCCUGCUGCCUCUGCUGACAAACCAGAGCCGGAUGUGGACGAUGCCCCGCCCACAAGCCAUGGAGCAGAGGAUUUGCCCCACCCUGAAGAAGACCCCGUACCCUCUGACGAAAGUCAAGCUCAGAUCUGAGUUCAGCUGCAGUUUUUAAUGCUUCACAUGCUUUUUUUUUAUCUUUUUUUUUUUUUUUUGCUGAAAUGUAUUUUGCACACAUUUUUUGCAGAGUUUUAGUAUUAUCUGAAAAGGAAAAAGUUGCACUCCUUUGAGCUUCGGUAUCUUCUGCAUAUUGUAUUAUUUAACAGUGUAACUAUCCAAAUAGAGGUUCCUAUAGACCUAGGAAUGUCAGAAUAGUAAAAAUACUAAAGUGUAAUGUGUCUUAGAAGUGUGACAGUGUCGCAUUUCACGACCAAGUGUAGAGGAAAGCAGAUUUUUAAAACAUGGCUAGUUAGUAUUAAAAUUAGUAUGAUUUUUUUUUUUUUUUCUAUAAUUUAAGUUUAAAUUUAAAAUUUUGCUCUGUUUUCAACUAGACAGAUUAUUCUGCGGUAUUAUUUCAUUUGUUUACAGUUUCAGUUCAGCUCUUUCAGUCCAUUUGCACUCAUUUAUAUUUUGCAUCUGUCUUAGUUGGUAGUGUUGCAUUUAUUUUUAACUGCUUACAGUGUUUUUUUUUCUCUUUUUUUUUCUUCUUAAACGUCUGGUGCCUUUGUGUGAAGGAAAAGUACGUUGCUGGAUUUUUGACGCUGUUUACACCUGAUUGUUUUGUGACCUUAUCCUGAUGCGAUUCGCCGCAAACUAGCGCACUACUUCAUGUUCCUAAUUUUCUGUUCAACUGCUGUAUUUAAAAAAUCAUGGUUGUAUGAAUGUAUUUACACUUGUGUAACAAUUACACCUGUACAUUUCUACCUUUAAUAAUCCGGAUGUUCGAAGCGCAUAAGGUGUAAACAGUCAAAGGCUAGUUAAAUCUACUGCUACAAAUGCUGCAUAACAAAACCCCACAUAAGAGAAGCUGUUUAGUAGCAUCAAGCGCCAAAUCAGUUGUGCAACACCUUUGUUUAGUCUCCGUCUCAAAAUCUUGCUGUGGCUCCCUUUCAGCAGCCUGUGUUGGAGGUUUUAUAGUUCAUGCUUCUGAUUUAUAGUAAAUAAAUAGUUGGGUCUCUGUGUCUAAUUCUUCCAGGUGUUGCUGUUCUACAGUUCAGCGUUUCGAUUUAUUCACAGUUAGCAGGUGAAAAACUCCAGCUUUUGUUUGGUGCAGUUUCUGUCUCAGUGUGCGCAGAUCCUCAACAGCUGUUUGUCUAUGCAUACAAUAAAGAUCAUUUUUCUAAAA